UUCAAUAAUUCUUAAAUCUUCUGUUGUUAAUUUUUGAGACAGGAUUUCAUUGUAUAACCCUGGCCAGGCUAGAAUCUACAAUCCUCCUUCCUUCGCUCUGGAUUACAGACAUGUACCACUACACCUGGCUUUUAGUUACUUUUAAGAUAUUUGAGGAGUCCAUGUGGGCGCCGGCGCGGCGCGGUGCGGCGCAGCGCGGGUUUGCCAUGGCGGAGCUGCAGCAGCUCCGGGUGCAGGAGGCGGUGGACGCCAUGGUGAAGAGCGUGGAGAAAGAGAACAUCCGAAAGAUGCAGGGCCUCAUGUUCCGGUGCAGUGCCAAUUACUGUGAAGACAGCCAGGCGUCCAUGCAGCAGGUGCACCAGUGCAUUGAGCGCUGCCAUGCGCCUCUAGCCUAAGCCCAGGCCUUGGUGACCAGUGAGUUGGAAAGGUUCCAGGACCGCCUAGCCCGGUGCACCUUUCAUUGCAAUGACAAAGCCAAAGAUUCAGUGAAUGCAGGGAACAAGGCGCUUCAGGUGAAGCAGCAGCUGGACAGUUGUGUGACCAAGUGUGUGGAUGAGCACAUGCACCUCAUCCCGACUAUGACUAAGAAGAUGAAAGAGUCUCUCUCAUCCAUUGGGAAAUAAUCUGUCCUAAUCCAUGGGUUGUUGGUCUGUCUCUGUGCCUAGGAGAGAGAGAGCGAGAGAGAGAGAGAGAGAGGAGAGAGAGUGAGAGAGAGAGAGUGGCCAGGGGAGUUUUGGUCCCCACCCUUCCACCCCACAUGUCUGGAAGGACAGACAUGGUUUCAAAUGAGUCUGGACACAAGCCAUCGUAGAAAAGUCUUUUCCUGUGACCAUUGAGCUCAGGGCAGAAAUGUACUUAAAGAGGAAUGGGAAUUUUAGUCUUUUAAGCAAAGUUUAUGAAGAAAUUAAGGAUGACAACAUGUUUAAGGUAUAUUUCACUUGUUUCUGGACAAUAGCUCUUUUAUGUUUCCAUCCUAGAAAGUGAAGUGGAAAAAAGGUGCUAAAAUUUGGGUGAAAGAUAGCAUGUGGGCAGGGGGCGUGUUUUGGAGCAUAAAUUCCCAUGUGGCGAGUGCUUUUCCUAGCAGUUGAGAUCUCCCAUGUACAAAGCCACAGAUCUCCAAGGUACUAGAUUCUUCUUAGUACACAGGUACCAACAGGCUGGCAAGUUCCUCCAACCUGCCUGUGAUCUGGUGAAGGUUGAGGAGAGGUGUGUCUUAUUUGUUGCCAACCUCCUGUUUGCCGAAAGUAUUUUUGUAAGUUAUAAAACAAAACCCAGUAGAUCACUAAUUUAGAAAGGAAAGAAGGUUUCUGGGUUUUUUUUGGGGGGGGGGCGUGUUAUUGGGGUUUGAACUCAGGGCCUCAUGCUUGCUAGGCAAGCACUCUUACUGCUUGAGCCAAUCUACCAUCCCAGGUUUCUGGAUUUUUAUUUUGCUUGGUUUUGUUUUGCAUACAGCAGCGUAGAGUGGAUUUAAGGUAUGAGUUGGGAGAGAGUAGUUUAGUUGGACAAGAAUUUUGAAAGGUUCUUCUGUACAUCCGUUUCUGGCCAUCAAGAUGUGGAUGUGCAUUUCUUGAAAUUCCUGGAGAGUCAGUGUCACUCUUGAGUGUUGAAAGCAGAGCUUCCUUCACUGGUUUAUGGGUUUUGAGGCUUUCUGCAGCAGAGCAAUAGGACAGUCUUGCCUUAAAUGGCAUGGAGGUUUGAUCAUGUCAUACCAGCAUCUGGUGAUAAACACUAAAUAGGAACUGUUGGCUAGUUGAGAGAGUUGUGAAGUACUGGACUUGCAAAACGCUGAAUUUCAUAAAACAGUGAUGAGAUAAAAGACUAAACCCAGCAUUGUUUAUUUAGCUAGCCCCUGAAUUAACAGAGCCUUAUUGAGACAAUCUUCUGGGAAUAGGAAGGUCAAAAAGCAAGGAAGGUGGGCAAGAACACAUACACAUUACCAAAUGCCAUUUUUGUCUGGGGUAUUUGCAACAAGCAGUGUUCCUGCCCCUUCAGGGUACCUUAUCUUUUGGGUAAGGACCAUGUUGUCUUUUUGCCAACUUAUUACUUGAAAUGAUAAUAUAGCCUGUCUGUUUGCUGUGAUGUAUUUUCCUAGUAGUAUGGCUUUAAAAUAAAGGUUCAUUGUCUCC